GACAGUGAUAAUGGGCGUCCAGGUGGAGGAAUCCAAGAUCGGCGCCAUGAUCGAGAAGGCCAAGUUUUACACUUCCGUCUGUCUAGGCACCACGGCGAUUCUUUCGGUUUUCGCCUUCCUGUUUCUGAUACCGUUCGUCGUCGAGCCGGCGAUAUCGACCAUACUAGCAGAUUUUUCGCCGCAUGCGGUCGCUUGCGUGACGACGAGUCACGUUUACGCGGAGGGCCUCAAGAACUGCUCGUGGGCGAGUUGCAGGGAAGGUUGCACCAGUGCCGCGAUUCGUUGUCAUCAGAUUAAGGUCAACUAUACCCGACUCCCGUACGAGGAGUUCGUGGCAAAGCCGCUGGGCUCGGUGCCCUGGGACGUCGCCGACACCGAAUUCUUCGUGAACACGGAAGGUUGCGGUUACCCGCCCACGGUCAACUGUUCCGCUUUCGCGAAGAAAUACGCCUACGAAAAUACGGGAAAGAUAUUUCCCUGCUACUACAGCAGAACGCAUCCAGAAACGGUUGUUGCAAGAUAUUCGUGGGAUGAAAAUCUCAGGCACUUGGUGUUGGCCUUGAUCGUACCCACAGUGCUCUUCGUCGUGACGCUUGGCGUGCUAUGUUACUGGUAUUGUCCGCCGAUGGGUAAAACUUGCGGCGGACCGAGUCGCAAUCUCAUCGACAAGUAUGCUAGAAAGGAAGAGUAAGUCAUCUUGGCAGAGGACGAAUUCGAGGAAGACGAAGAGGAAUACUGACUGCUACCAAGGGCUCACCCCCCGGCACGGGAGUGAUGCCAGCGAAAUAAUUUCCGAAUGACUCCAGCGUACUUUACCUUAUAAAUUUAAGCGAUCGAGAAUUAGCGUUUUUUAGAAGAAACAAAAAUUUGCGAAAAACGAGACAAAUGUGUCUCGCUUCUUACGAGUUAAAACUAUGCUUCUAACGCUACAUCCGACUUAUUUUGUUCUUUAAAUCUGCUCUGGAUCAUGCUUUCAAUAAAUGAAACGUACAUCUAGGUUCAUGCUAAUAAUAUAAAAAUAUUUUUCUCUUUCUCUCUCUCUUUCUCUUUCUCGACAUUACGAUUGUGCACUGAAAUUAGUUGUAUGCACUUAUUCGAUAUAAAGAUAACGUUGGAUUUACAUAAAUAAUAAUCAGCAAAAAUAAAAAGUAACAAAGACCAUCAUUCGUAAAGAAUCGCUCGACGCGAGUCUUUACGAAGAUUAGACCUUAAAUUUAUGAUGUAAAGUAGGCCGUGGAUGUGAGAGCACGGACUUUUCAAUCAUCUAUCAGUAUUCGAAGAGGUAUCUAUAGUUCGAAACACAUGGCAGUGCCAUAAUGCAUUAAUGAGAAGGAAAUAUUACGUUAUAAAUUGCAAAUUAAUUCAACUGAUAAUAUCAAUAUCGAAUGCUAAUGUCUGGUAAAUUAUGCAACGGCAUAUAUUCUGUAUAUAUUCUGAAAUUUUGUAGAAAUCAACGACGGGCUUCCGUGUGUUUCGACCUUAACCGUGAUAGAGGCGCGCCUUCCUAUUUACGUGAUAAUUUAAGCAAAAGGAUAGUUUUUAAACGGCACAGAUUUUAGGUUUUUUUACAGCAGCAGCAUCGGGUUUAGACUAAGUUAUAUGGCCGUGAAUUUACGACUGAAGUCACGUAAGCUGCCCUUUCGCGAAAUAUCGAUGGAAGCAGUGCGAGCUUGCGGCUCGGCGCAAUUCACUAAGAAAACGGAUUCAAAUGCGGAUUUUGAUCGAGCUAAUCGCGUUGCUCACUAAAUCAUUAUCGUCAUAUUUUCGAAAUUACUAUUUAAUCGUCCCUUUUUUUAUUCGAAUUAGCAUAAGUUUUUUCCUAUUUUGCGAUUGUUUUUUUAAAUAGACAAGCUAUUUUUGUAUACUUUUUAAUUAUCUAAUAUAAUAAUAAGAGAAAUGCAUAGCAAUUAUAAUAUUAUAAGACAAUUAUAAUAUUUCAAAAGUUAAAAAUUAAAUUCUCGUAAUUAUCUUUUUGAG